UUGCUGAACCACUACUUUCUCGGCUAUAUAAGGGGAGCUUAGACCCUCCCCAUUUUCGCCGUCUCAUCCAUUUCUCUUGCAUCGCUCUACUCCUCACUCUCUCUCUCUCUUUCUUUCGAUCUCAUCUCCAAUGGCCUCGGGAAAGAUCAAGAUCGGCAUCAACGGGUUCGGAAGGAUCGGAAGGCUGGUGGCGAGAGUCGCUCUCCAGAGCGACGAUGUGGAGCUCGUCGCGGUCAACGAUCCCUUCAUCACCACGGAUUACAUGACAUACAUGUUUAAGUACGAUACAGUGCACGGAACGUGGAAGCACCAUGACAUCCAGGUUAAGGAUUCAAAGACCCUUCUCUUUGGUGAGAAGGCAGUUACCGUUUUUGGUGUUAGGAACCCCGAUGAGAUCCCAUGGGGCGAGACUGGUGCCGAAUAUAUCGUGGAGUCCACUGGCGUCUUCACUGAUAAGGACAAGGCUGCUGCGCACCUGAAGGGUGGUGCCAAGAAGGUCAUCAUCUCUGCUCCUAGCAAAGAUGCCCCUAUGUUUGUUGUUGGUGUGAAUGAGAAUGAGUACAAACCUGACAUCAACAUUGUCUCCAAUGCCAGCUGCACAACUAACUGUCUUGCUCCCCUUGCCAAGGUCAUUCAUGAUAGAUUUGGCAUUGUCGAAGGCCUGAUGACAACAGUGCACUCUAUCACUGCCACUCAAAAGACUGUUGAUGGGCCAUCUAGCAAGGACUGGAGAGGUGGACGAGCUGCAGGUUUUAACAUCAUUCCCAGCAGCACUGGUGCUGCAAAGGCUGUUGGCAAGGUGCUUCCUGCUUUGAAUGGCAAGUUGACUGGUAUGGCUUUCCGUAUUCCUACUGUUGAUGUCUCCGUCGUGGAUCUCACCGUCAGGCUUGAGAAGGCAGCCUCCUACGAGCAGAUUAAGUCCGCUAUCAAGGAAGAGUCUGAGGGAAAACUUAAAGGAAUUCUAGGUUAUGUAGACGAGGACUUGGUUUCCUCAGACUUUGUGGGUGACAGCAGGUCAAGCAUCUUUGAUGCCAGGGCUGGAAUUGCUUUGAAUAACAACUUUGUCAAGUUUGUGUCUUGGUACGACAACGAGUGGGGCUACAGCACGCGUGUUGUUGACUUAAUCCGUCACAUGCACGGCACCAAGUAAGAAUCAUCUCUCCAUUCAGCGGUUCUGUUUGCCAGCCUUUAGUGGUAUGUGUGUUUAUCUCGUGAAUAAAUGUGGAGGACAUGAUCUUCCUUUUCCAUUGUAUCCUAUUUGGGGCAUGAGCUGCCUCAUUUUUAUUUGAGAUUUGAGAAUUUAGAUGUCGGGGAAAACCCAGCUUCAAUUGGGACGGAAUUUGAAGUUUGUCUUCGGCCAUCUUUCUUUUUAACUUUUGAAGCAUAGAUGCUCCUCUUUCAGAGUAGCUGCAGUUGCUGGAUGCUUCUAAUAUAUAACUGUUUGAAUUGUCUAACCCUUCUCUUGUUGUGAUGGGUAUGAUUGUCUAAUGUUGGGAUCAGUGUUUGCUAGCAAUAAUAAGUCAUUCCCUUGUGAACUUCGAUACAA